CCUAUCAAACCAGACACCUCUUUUGGUGGCUGCUGGUCACGUUCCACGCCUGCCGGUUGGAGCGAGGGCCCGCCAGGCGCAGGAGACCUUCCACUCCUUGCGCUUUGGCACUCGACGCAGCCCUGAGCCCCGGCAAUGAAAUGAUCUCACUGUUGGUGAACCAGAGGCACGGUGGAUGACGCCAUCCAUCCGUGUCAGUCCUACAGCCAUUGUUCUUGUUAGAUCAGGUAAUGGUACUUACGUUAAGGCUAGAUCUUUGCUGGAUACCGGCGCGGCUUGCUCCAUAGUAAAGAAAUCAUUUGCAGAUGAAGUAGGUUUGCACCAACAGUUUAAUGGUACUAAUAUAUUUGGAAUCGGUGAUCAAAAGGUCAAUGUCCCCGGGACAAUAGCAAAGGUAGUAUUCAGGCCGGUAGGAAAAAUAGUUCCGAUAAUUAGCGUUAUAGCUACAGUUAUGUAUACAGUUACUGGGAAUAUUCCAUAUGUAAAUGCAUACCUCAAGGGUCACUUAGAUGCGACGCAGCUCAAGUUGGCAGACCCAAAGUUUGAUGUAUCUCAAGAUGUAGAUAUCAUUUUUGGACUGGAUAUACUCAAUUACAUAUAUACAGGCUCAAAGAUUCUCACUAACAUUCCAGGUGUGGAGGCCUAUGGAACGUGCUUUGGCCAUGUACUGAUGGGUGCUUUGUGGAAGCAUCCCGCUGACAUCUCAACGAAGCAGCUGAGAGGGACGUCCGUCGAGGACUAUGGAGUCCAUGCGACACGCCUCGAGGAGGUACUUGAGAAGUUCUGGAAGGUCGAGCAGCCUCCAGAGGAUCCGGUGGAGCAUCCGGAGCAUGUCGAAUGUGAAAGGUUGUAUACCUCCAAUACUACACGUAUGCCUGACGGCAAAUACAUGGUACGGCUGCCCUUAUUGACAGACAGACCCGCACUCGGUGAGUCGAGGGCCAUUGCCGCACGCAGGUUUUAUUCAUUAGAGGCGAAGCUAGCCAAGAAUCCAGUCUUUGCUGAGAAAUACAGGGAUUUCAUGCGAGAAUAUGAGUCAUUAGGACAUAUGUCGAAAUCAAACUAUCAAUUUGAUUCAGAACACUUUAUAAUUCCACAUCAUGGUAUUUUUAAGAGGGAUUCUGAUAAGCUCAGAGUGGUAUUCAAUGGGGCAUCUCAAAGUAGCAAUGGAAUAUCUGUAAAUCAGUGUCUUCACUCAGGAAAGCCGCUCCAGAAUGAUAUUACCAAGAUAUUGUUGAAUUUCAGACGACACCAGUUUGUCUUCACGGCCGACAUCCGCAUGAUGUUCAGGCAGACGUGGAUACACCCCGACGAUAGGCGCUAUCAGCUGAUCCUGUGGCGUGAGGAUCCGUCGCAGGACCUACAGAUCUCUCGAUGCGUCGCGCUACCGGGAUCGGUAUCAUAUUCACUCCACGGUUUUGGAGAUGCGUCUGAGAUGGGCUACGGAGCGUGCGUAUACCUCCGGACAGCAGACGCCGCUGGAAACGUCAUGGUACGACUAAUUAUAGCUAAGACUAGAGUUGCGUCGAAAAAGACCAAGCAAACCAUUCCAAAGAAUGAGCUAAACGCGGCUCAUAUGGUUUAUAAAUUGCUGAAUCACGCCGCAGCGGCCUAUGAAGAUGAACUUGAUAUUGACAGCAUAAAUGCAUGGUCCGAUAGCAAGAUAACGUUGUGUUGGUUAAACACUAAGCCACACCUGCUCCAAACAUUUGAAUGUAAUAGAGUACAAGACAUUCAACAGUCGAAGCGACUAAUGACAUGGCGCUAUGUCCGGGGUGAGUUGAACCCGGCCGACGUCGCGUCGCGGGGAACCACAGCGAAAAGGCUCCUCAAGUGCAAGCUGUGGUGGUCACCAGACUGGCUACUCGAGGAGGAAUCUCAGUGGCCAACGAUGCCAGUCACCAUGUCACCUGAGCUGCCAGGGUUCAAACAAUUGGUACAUGUCGUCGCUGAAGAGCAGUCAUGGGAAGACUGCCUACUAUCCAGAGUGAGCUCUUAUAGUAAGCUCAUAAAUGUAACGUCAUACAUUUUACGGUUUUGCAAGAAUAUUCGUUUGCCGAAGCAGCAACGAAACUUGAACCAGACCCUGUCUAUAGAUGAAAAUCGUGCCGCUACGAGCCACUGGAUCAAGAAGGUCCAGUUGGAUGCAUACAAGGGUGAAGCCAUCUUAUUGAAAAAAGGAAAAUUAGUAUGCAAGUCUCUCCAGAAAUUAAGCGUCUUCGUAGAUGAAGACCAGUUUAUUCGAGUCGGCGGCCGACUCCGUAAUUCAAGCCUGCGCUAUGAAGCGAAGCACCCAUUGCUUAUUCCGAAGGAUCAUAGAUGGACUCAGUUGUUGAUGCAACAUUAUCACCGAAUACAUUGUCACGCAUCGACAAGUGCGUUGAUUAAUAUAUUGAGACAGCGGUAUUGGAUCCCGUCAGCGAGACGUCAGGUUGCUCGCGUCAUCCACAGCUGUACACCAUGCUUCAGGUUCAGCGCGACCGAGCAGGCACCGUUCAUGGCCGACCUGCCCGCCGACCGUGUCACGGCCGCGCGUCCAUUUUCCGGCGUUGCAACGGAUUUUGCUGGCCCUUAUCUGGUUAAGGCCAGCCAACUUAGGAAUGCUAAAUCAGUUAAAGCUUACCUGUGUGUUUUUGUAUGCCUAGGUACCAAGGCAGUGCAUCUAGAGCUCGUCUCGUCGCUGAGCACCGAGGCUUUCAUCGCUGCGUUCACACGGUUUGUCAGUCGACGAGGGCUGCCCUCCCUCGUCCGUAGUGAUCAAGGUACGAAUUUUAAAGGUGCUAGCUCAUACCUCCGUGAGGUUAAUCAGUUCUUACUUGACCAUGAAACCGUCCUGGCGGAUGAGUUUCGUCGUCAAGACGUGCGCUGGGAAUUCAACCCUCCAGGCGCUGCCCACAUGUCUGGAUUAGUCGAAGCGGCCGUAAAGAGUAGUAAGAAUCUGCUUAAACGGGAAAUAGGAGAUCGGAUCCUAACCUUUGAAUUACUGUAUACGGCCUUCUGUCGGAUAGAAGCGGUUCUUAAUUCUCGAGCGCUGGUUCCAAUGUCAGAGGAUCCUUGUGACCUGGAAAUUCUCAGUCCAGGUCAUUUUUUGAUUGGUCAGCCGUUAGUUUCAUUACCUGAACCUUCAUGGAAGGACACAAAUAUGUCACGGUUAUCACAUUUCCAAUUUGUACAAGCUAUAACUCAGAAAUUUUGGGCUAAAUAUUAUUUUGAGUAUUUGAACAAUUUACAAUCACGUAAUAAAUGGAAUAGGCAUGUACCUAAUGUUGCAAUUAAUGAUUUAGUCCUAAUUAAAGAUGACAAUACGCCACCUCUACAAUGGCGUAGAGGUAGAGUAAUACAAAUAUUCAAAGGAUCCGACGAUGUUGUCAGAUCGGUAAAAUUAAAAACUCAGGGAGGCGAACUCGUUCGUCCUGUUGUUAAAUUAUGUAAAUUGCCCAUGGAACUGUAAUUAAUCAUAAGGAGUAAUUCAUUAUAAAUGUAAAUUGAAAUAUUGCUACUAACGUAUGUCUGUUUGAGUUCCACCAGGGAACCAUUGUAACUAACAACCUAGUAAAUAGUUUACCUUAAGUUUAAUUUCACUGAUGUAAAAAUUGUGUGAAGAUGUAUCUAAUGGUCACAGAUCACUUCUUGCUAGAUGCCACAUGUAGUAUUUGUAUCUGAAUUUUUAAUUUGUUUGUUUUGUUCACUUGAUCUCUAGAACGAGACAAUUGAACAGCUUCAAGUCUUCAGGUCAAUCUCCCCCCUGGGGGCCCCAGGAUGUUCAUGCAAUUCGAAGCGCAAUGGCGUUCCGCGCGCCAUCUAGCGAGGCUAGUUGUAACUACGAAGUAUCGAGCGACAUCAUUGGUCGUGAUUCAGUAUUGGCUAAUAUAGCAGUGAGUGCUGCCUCUCGCGGCGAGAGUUGAAGUUUGGAGUUGACCUGUGAGCUUGUAAGAACAAGCAUGGUAAAAAUGCGUUGAGAACGAUUUGUAUAAGUUUGCUGUUUUUGUAUCGCGACGCGCGUUAAAAUAGUGUCUAAGGUGUAACUCGUUGCAUUAAAAUAAGUGUUAGUUGA